AACAGAAAUAGACGAGGACAAGUGUGAGCCGCGAGUUUGCAUUAAAUAAUGUCGAGCAAAUAAUGGCAGCAGCAGCCACGCUCGAUUACAGCUAUGUAUUAUCGGAGUGACCACAACGGGCGAAUUGCCAAGUUUUUGUGUUAGACACAAAAUUGGCUUCUAGUUCGGACGUCGUGCUGGAGCUCCAUCGUGUUGCAGUGCGCCAUACAGGUGCAGAAACUGAAACAACAGUAACAGAAAAACGUGAUACGCACCCCACAAAGUCAGCCGAGCAAAGCUUUAGGCAUAUCCGGAAAGUCGGCCAGCCGAAUAACUUGAAAACUGAACGAAUAUCUCCAGUUAGAUCUGCAAAGGUCGAUACUAAUGUAACAGGUGCGAAAAUUGCAGCAACAACAACCAAAACUACAUCAACAACAACACCAUCUGCAGCAUCGCCUAAGAGCAGCCAACCGAGGCUCCAUAGCCCAGCGACCACAAGCAUGUUACUUUUGCAGCCCAAUAGCUCCUUUAGUUCACUUUCGUCGUUCGACAACUUUUCAACGCAAGCCGUGGCAACGACAACAAGCACGUCCACAGUAGCUGCCGUCGCGCCUGGUGCUGGACAUCAUCAUCACAAUCGCCAUCAGUAUCACAAUCACCAUCAGCAGCAAGCGCUACAGCAGCAGCAGCAGCAGCACUUACCGCUGACCACGUCAAGCCAGGUUACAUUGUUGUCCCAAGAGGAGGAUCAGUUGAUAAGCAACCUAGCCGAUGCGGCCGUCACGCAUAGCGAACUGUUCUCGGACUUGUUUUUUCCAUCGGACUCGAACAAUUCGCUGCUCUCCCCAGUUCUUGAAAGAUCGGUCGCCAGCUACCCAGACACGCAGAUUGAUGUGCCCCCGUCCAAUGAGACGCUGAUUGGCAGUAGCGAGGACAUCACCAGCUCCAUUGAGAAUCUCACCAAGCUGACAUGCCUGCGCGAUAAGCGCUUGCCCUCAACUCAAGACCAGCCGCCCUCUAACAGUAACGGCAGCGUAGGCUCCGAGCAGAAUCAUCACUCGAUUUGCCUGCUCAGUCUUCGAUCUAGCAGCGAUCCCGCUAUCGCACUUCACACUCACCAACAACAGCAACUGCAGCAACAGCAGCUCCAGGCCACCUAUCUGCAGCGACACGGCACCAGCGACCUACUGAUCUCACCCAUUGGAGGACCACUCUCCUGUGGCAGUAGCUUACCUAGCUUCCAGGAAACCUACUCUCUCAAAUACAACAGCAGCAGCGCCAACAGUCCAAAACAGGCCUCCCCUUCUACUACUGCUACUGCGACGCCAUCCGACCAGAUCUUGACUCUAAAAAUGGACGAGGACUGCUUUGCGGAUGUAAUGGCUGACCUAAAUACCGACCAUGCUUCAGGACAGUCGCUGCACCAGCUGCAAGCUCAGCCACCUCGGCCAAACAACGCCAACAACAGCAGUAGCAACAGCAGUGGAUACAAUUACCAUGGUUACUUCAAUGCCAUCAAUGGCACUUCCCAUCCAUCACCCAGCUCAUCAGCAAGCUCACUCUAUGAAUACAGCGGUGUGGCCCACAGCGACAGUUUCUUUGGACAGCAGCAGCAACAACAACAGCAAACCUAUCAAAACAUGAAUUACAGCUCGCACAACGGCGAACGUUAUUCCCUACCCACAUUUCCCACCAUUUCCGAGAUGGAGGCGGCCGCCGCAGUAAGUAGCGCCGCUCCUGGCUCAGGCGUGAGCACAGGGUCUGCUGUGGUUGUUCCACCCAUGCGCCGAGCCUCGUUGCCCAUACAGCGCUCCGUUUCUCCCGCUGCUGCUGCGCACAGCCCCAAGGUGGCAAAGCUGGCGCUAGUUGGCUCUAGGAACACUCAUGCCAUUAAUGCGCUGCAGAUACAACUGAGCUCGGCACCCAACUCCACUGCAAACUCACCUGUGAGCGGGGGUGGCGCUGACUUUCUGAACAGCCAGGCAGGACGAUUGCUUCAGUCGACCAAUUUCUCGCAGUUGUGCGCCGUGUGCGGUGAUACGGCUGCCUGCCAGCAUUACGGGGUUAGAACCUGCGAGGGUUGUAAAGGAUUCUUCAAGCGGACCGUACAGAAGGGCUCCAAGUAUGUGUGCCUGGCGGAUAAGAGCUGCCCGGUCGACAAGCGGAGACGGAAUCGUUGCCAAUUCUGUCGUUUUCAAAAGUGCCUGGUGGUGGGCAUGGUGAAGGAAGUAGUGCGCACGGACUCACUGAAGGGCCGCCGUGGACGUCUACCCUCAAAGCCAAAGUCACCGCAGGAGUCUCCCCCAUCGCCGCCCAUCUCGUUAAUAACUGCUCUGGUGCGAAGUCACGUGGACACAACACCAGAUCCCUCGUGCCUGGACUAUUCCCACUACGUGGAGCCCCUGGAUUCGUUAAGUCCGCCAACUCUAGCGAGUCCCCUAGGGAUGAGCGAGGCCGAAAAGGUUCAACAGUUCUACCAAUUGCUGACCAGCUCGGUUGAUGUGAUCAGGCAAUUCGCUGAAAAGAUUCCCGGCUAUUUGGAGCUCACAUCCGAGGACCAAGAGCUUCUCUUCCAAUCCGCCUCGCUGGAGCUGUUUGUGCUACGGCUCUCUUAUCGCGCUCGCAGCGACGAUACAAAGAUGAUCUUCUGUAACGGUACUGUUUUACAUCGUACCCAGUGCCAGCGUUCUUUUGGCGAUUGGUUAAAUGGUAUCAUGGAGUUCAGCCGCAGCCUGCACAAUCUGGAGAUUGACAUCUCUGCCUUCGCCUGCCUCUGCGCCCUCACCUUGAUAACAGAACGACACGGACUUCGGGAACCCAAAAAGGUGGAGCAACUACAAAUGAAGAUAAUCGGCAGUCUACGUGACCAUGUUACCUACAAUGCGGAGGCUCAAAAGAAACAGCAUUACUUCAGUCGCCUGUUGGGCAAACUGCCCGAGCUACGCUCCUUGAGCGUACAGGGACUGCAGCGUAUAUUCUACCUUAAAUUAGAGGAUUUGGUGCCAGCACCGGCACUUAUUGAGAGGAUGUUCGUUACCACGUUGCCCUUUUAGGCGCCAUAACUUUGCUUCCUUUAUGUUUAGCUCCUAAGACGGUAGAUUACGUAAAUAGAAAAUAGCAUUGAAUAUUUAACAAUCCAGCGUGUACAUAGCUCUAAGCGAUCUCAAUGAACCUGAGAUAGAGAUGGUUGCAAUAAAAGAAAAAAAGUGCUAGCAUGCUAUAUUGAAUGUAGAUAUCAAAAAGAUAUAUAAUUUAAUUUGCAUCAGUUCAUAUUUAGUAGCAUGCGUAUGAUAGACCCACCCCUACACCCUCUGUACUACACGGUAUCCCUAUUCGUAGGCCAACAGGUCCUACUUGCGACCCAUUGCUUGGUACAGGCACCUCAACUAACCGUUGGCCACUGACCAGUGCGUAAUGAGAGUUGCUCAUGAAUAUUUAAGGACUGUUUCAAGUCGAAGCUAUUCGUGACUUGUCAGCCACACAGAAAAAAAGAAUUCACAACUUGUUGACGUUAAUUGUUAAAUUGUUUAAUUUCAAACUGUCAAAAUCAAUGCACGGAACACGCACAUCCACCCAUACAUCCGCUACCGUAAUCCCCUUACACUAUACAUUGACUUUUUCUUACACCCUUUUUCCGAUUCUGAUUCGAAUAACCUAUUUCGCUUGCCUUCGAGCACAAAUCAGAGCUCUUUCAUGCAGUAUCCACUCUUGCCUUUAGCUUACUUCUAGUCAAUCGUAUUAAGUACCAGAUGCGCAUUAAACAAAGCAUAAAUAAUGCUUCUUAAUUAUAAAAAACAAUUA